AUGCCGACCAUCACAGUGGACAAGGCUGCCCUCUUCCAGGCUCUGGGGAGGGACUAUACGACUGAGGAAUUCGACGAACUCUGUUUCGACUUUGGAAUUGAGCUUGAUGAAGACACCUCACUGACGGAACGACCGAUUGUCAACGGCAAACAAGAGCCUCCUCAGUUAAAGAUCGAGAUUCCGGCCAACCGCUAUGACAUGUUGUGCUUUGAGGGCAUUCAGCUCAUGCUGAACAUCUUCAAUCACAGAGUGACGGCUCCUAAAUAUGCCCUCAAAGCGCCACCAAAGGGAGAAAUUCAGACCAUCACAGUUUCCAAGGAUUGCGAGAGGAUACGACCUUACGUUUCUGGGGCCAUUUUGCGAAACAUCAAAUUCGACCAGGCUCGCUACGAGUCUUUCAUUGACCUCCAAGACAAACUGCACCAAAAUCUAGCGCGGCAGCGGACUCUAGUGUCGAUCGGGACGCAUGACCUCGAUUCGAUCAAGGGCCCAUUCACCUACGAAGCCCUUCCUCCCAAGGACAUCAAGUUUGUGCCGUUGAACCAGACCAAGGAAUUGAAUGGCGAAGAGCUCAUGCAGUUCUACGAAAAGGACAAGCAUCUGGGCCGCUACCUGCACAUCAUUAGAGACUCCCCCGUAUACCCGGUCAUCUACGACUCGAACCACAACGUCUGCUCCUUGCCGCCAAUCAUCAAUGGUGAUCUCAGUAAAAUCACUCUUAACACCAGGAACGUCUUUAUGGAGGUCACCGCCACGGACAAGACCAAGUUAGAGAUCGUCAUCAACAUGAUGGUUACCAUGUUCUCUCAAUACACCUCAGAUCAAUUCACCGUCGAACCCAUCCAGAUCAUCUCCGAACAUAACGGUCAAUCAAGACAAGUCCCUGACCUUACACCUCGCUCCACAGUUGCUGAAGUCGACUAUAUCAAUGCCUGCUGCGGUCUGUCGCUGUCGGCGCAAGAAAUUUGCGAUCUUUUGACCCGUAUGUCCUACACGGCGCGCCCCUCAAAGUCGGACCGGAAUCUUCUCGAAGUGGAUGUUCCCCCUACACGCGCGGAUGUCCUCCAUCAAGCAGAUAUCAUGGAAGAUGUCUGCAUCGCCUACGGCUUCAAUAAGCUUCCUCGCGCGUUCCCUAAAGUUGGGGCCACCAUCGCCGCACCGCUGGCAGUUAACAAACUCUCUGACAUUCUGCGUCUCGAGGCCGCGAUGGCGGGCUGGGCAGAGGUCCUUCCACUCAUUCUCUGUUCGCAUGAUGAGAACUUUGCGUGGUUGAAUCGCAAGGAUGACGGCAAAACUGCUGUGCGGCUGGCAAAUCCCAAAACGGCGGAAUACCAAGUUGUCCGCACGACACUGCUGCCCGGCUUGCUGAAGACUAUCCGGGAGAACAAACACCACUCUAUUCCUAUCAAGAUAUUCGAGGUCAGUGAUGUUGCCUUUAAGGAUAGUAGCUUGGAACGCAAGGCCCGUAAUGAGCGACACUUUGCGGCCGCGUGGUACGGUAAAACCUCAGGCUUUGAGGUUGUUCACGGCCUCCUGGAUCGCAUCAUGGCCAUGCUCAAGACGGCCUUCAUCACCCACGAGGAAGGACUCGAAAUGCGUGGAGAUGGAGCAGAGAACGGAAAGAAAAUGGAAUACUGGAUCCAGGAACUGGACGACGCGACGUAUUUCCCCGGCCACGGAGCCAGCAUCCACGCGAGAAUAGCCGGCAAAGAAGUUGUUAUUGGGAGCUUUGGAAUUCUACAUCCAACGGUGUUGGAGAAGUUCGAGUUGAGAUAUCCGGUCAGUGCAUUGGAGUUCAAUGUGGAGGUGUUCUUGUAG